AUGGCAAAAGUAAAUCAAGGUGCAAUAUAUAGACAGAGUUAUCCAGUUGUUAAUGCUGCCCAACGUAACAAUAACCCAGUACAACAACAAGCUAUUCGCAAUAUUAGUUCAGCACCACGACUAAACAAUCAACCAGGUAUUACUCAAGCGCAAAGUCAAGUGCCGGUGUUUAAAUAUCCUGCUGGGAAUGUUUCUCAACAAAAUAUGUGCGGCACUAGUGGUGGCCAUUUAGGUAGUCAGCGAAGUCCUUCAUCCGCAGUUUCGAUAGUACCGGUGUACAAGCAGAACAGUCUCUCUACGGAUGCUUCCAAUAACAAUGUAUUUGGUGCUGGCAACGAAGUAUCAAUGCUGAAUAAUCGUGAAAAUUCCGCACCACCUUUAACUCAAACACAGAUGUACGAGCAAACUUUUCCUAACUCAAAUACCUCUCAACAAAGUCGAUCUAGUAAUAUUACUAAUAAGAUUUCAACACAAAAUGUUGAUUUUCAGCAGUUUCAAUUUGGAGCCGAGUAA